GAGCAGGAGAUGCAUGGAGGGAGAGAUGAAGAUCGUGACUGUCACAUCCUCGAUAGCGUUGCGGAAGAGAAGAUCCUCGACUGCCUUGAGCCCAGGGUGACACUAGGAGGAUGUUUGAUCGAGCAUCACUCGUCCAACUGGUUCCCCGAGAGAUUCUUCGACCUUGUCGUGGUGCUGACGUGUGAGAACGGGAUGCUGUACAAGAGACUGAAGGCGAGGGACUACGAAGAGAAGAAGAUUACAGAGAACGUCGACUGUGAGAUCAUGCAGACGGUCUUACAGGAAGCCUUGGAGAGCUACAAGCCUGACAAGAUCCUGACCUUCAAGUCUGAGACCGAGAAAGACAUGGAACAGGCUCAUGCUGCCGUUAGCGACUUCAUCAGGAGCUGGGGGCGGCAA